CUUAUAGGGUCUUUGUGGAUUUUUCAUAGUAUUGCCCUUUCACCCUGCAUAUCCUCCUUUUCCCUCAGGCUUGAUAACUGCGGAAGAUAGAAGAGUUGGCACAACGAACCUUCAUUUAGAUGUCUCUGAUGCAGUUAACGUGAUGGUGUAUGUUGGGAUCCCCAUCGGGGAGGGUGCCCAUGAUGAAGAGGUACUCAAGACAAUUGAUGAGGGGGAUGCUGAUGAGGUGACAAAGCAGAGGAUUCACGACGGAAAGGAGAAGCCUGGUGCUUUGUGGCACAUCUAUGCAGCCAAGGAUGCAGAAAAGAUCCGGGAAUUGCUCCGAAAGGUUGGAGAAGAGCAAGGCCAAGAGAAUCCCCCUGAUCAUGACCCAAUUCAUGACCAAAGUUGGUACCUGGACCAGACCCUCCGUAAGCGACUCUAUGAAGAGUAUGGUGUGCAAGGCUGGGCCAUCGUUCAGUUCCUGGGAGAUGCUGUCUUCAUACCUGCUGGAGCCCCACACCAGGUGCACAAUCUAUACAGUUGCAUAAAAGUAGCAGAAGACUUUGUAUCUCCAGAACACGUAAAGCACUGUUUCCGCCUGACACAGGAAUUCAGGCAUCUCUCUAACACUCAUACAAACCAUGAGGAUAAACUGCAGGUGAAGAACAUCAUUUAUCACGCAGUGAAAGAUGCUGUUGGCACCCUCAAGGCUCAUGAAUCCAAACUGGCAAGGUCUUAGGCAUGGAGGAACUCCAGACUCCCCUGUGAAGCAGGUCUUUCACUCACAACACAUACAGGGAACGGCGGGCUUCUCUGUUGCAGCAGAGGCCCUUCACUUGGAGCCAGUGUGGUCAGUAUUACAAACUCUCCAGCCACUCUUUCCUACGCUGCCUCAACACUGAAGGUUGACACAGGAAAGUUGCACUGUUCACACACACAGUUUCAGACUCCAAGCCGAGGGUGCCACAUCCCCAUCCUGUGGUCUUUUGGGACUCUGAAUUGCCUGAACGUUGCUGGGCUUUCCUGCACAUUCUCGUUACUUGAGAUCCGUGGAAACCGGGAAUGUGGGCACACCUUUCUUUUCUUUUUUCUCUCGUGCCUAGUGAAGUGGGAAUGUGUUUGGAGGUAGGGGGAAUCCCAUAACUGGUACAAGUAGGGGGUAAUUGCUUAAACAUGCCUGGUGGAAGCCUGACAGUGUCUCUGCACGUGACCUCUGACACAGCCCAUCCCAGGAGACGGGGUGAAGCCAUUCCCCACAAUCUCUCCCGUGAACACUGGAGUCUUGCAGGACCCAGGGAGAACCCACUGCUUUUCCCAGGAGGCUCCAGGAUUAGGAAAUGUGUGUAUUUAGUGAAAAAUAGGUUUGUAGUGAAAUAGUUACUAUUUCAUGAAAGUAGAUAUUUUUAGAAUUUUUGAAAUACCACAGUUGUUUUCCUGGAUUAUGAGGAAAGGCACAUUACAUUUAGUCUUCCUUUCGAUAAAAAUCUUUGAAGAAAUAUGAUUUUUAGAAAUCAGCUGCCCAUUAUAGCACAAAAUCAGCCAAAGCAGAAUUGAAAAGGAUUGGCUUUUUAGGAUUCUUUUAGUUUUCUUCCCCUCCCAUCUCAGUCCUUUCUUGAGGGAACAGCCAACUGAGAAAGAACUUUGUCAUGUCUGAGCUGUGGUGUGUUUUAUGAAUAUACACACCGGUGACACAAGAACCAUUUUCACCUAUUACCAGCGUUCCCUUGGGACUCCUCUUACACUUCCAAAUGCAAAGGGAAGUUUGAUUUCCUACAUGAGGCUUUUUGGUUUUUUGGGUUUUUUGUCCAAAAAUAUUUUCAGCAAAACUUUCCAACUCCGUGGAGUUUUAUUCAGAAUUUAUUUGAAAAUGAUGGAAUUCAUUGGCCCACAGAUACGUUGGAAAAUGUAUCUAUCUUCUUUCCAGCUGUUGUAGUGCCCUGCAGGCUUGUUUAUAUGUUCACAGUUACUUUUUUUUUUUAAUAAAAGUCAUUUACUGUAGAAUACUUUUAAUUUCACUUUCUGUAUUUUAAUUUUGUUGAAGGGCUGAUUGGGAUUUCCAUGUUCUUAUUAAAAAUCUAACAAAUCUG